GCUUUUCGUCUCUCUUGUCUUCCUGCUACAUUUUUGACUACAUGAAGAAGAGAAAGCCAAGGACUUCCCCCCCGGUCCUUUUUCUUUCCCUUUCCUGGGAAACGUGGAGUUUCUGAUGAUUAUCAAUGACCCCAUAGCCAUGGUGCAAAAGCUUGCUGAAAAACAUGGAGAUAUCUCAGCUUGCAAAUAGCAGCCAGUCAUUUUGUGAUCGUAAAUGGACUGCCACUGGUCAAGGAAGUCCUUGUGAGCCAGGGAGAGAACUUCAUGGAUCGCCCUGAAAUUCCUAUCGACACAGAGGCAUUUGGCAAUUUGGGAAAUCCUUUCGACCCUCACCUUAAAAUCAACAAUGCUGUUUCAAACAUCAUCUGCUCCGUCACCUUUGGCAACCGGUUUGAAUACCAUGAUGAGAACUUCCAAAACUUGUUGAGGCUGAUGGAUGAGACUGUUACCCUCCAAGGGAAGAUAAUGAGCCAGCUGUACAAUGCUUUCCCCUCCAUAAUGAAGUACCUACCUGGAUCCCACCAAACAGUCUUUAAAAACUGGAAGCUCAUGAAAAGCUUUGUGUGUGAUGUCAUCAGCAAACAUAAGGAAGACCUGAACCCCUCAGAGAGCCGGGACUUCAUCGACAGCUACCUGCAGGAGAUGGCCAAGCCUGGUGGCAGUGAUUUCUGUGAGGAUAACCUGGUGGCGUGCACUCUUGACCUGUUUUUUGCUGGGACCGAGACCACCUCCACAACCAUCCGCUGGGCCCUGCUGUAUAUGGCCAUGUAUCCAGAAAUUCAAGGGGAUCUCUGGCUGUGCUCUUUCCAAACAGCUCGUGUGCAAGCUGAGAUUGAUGCUGUUAUUGGGCAGUGCCGGCAGCCAGCUCUGGAGGACAGGAACAACAUGCCCUACACCAAUGCUGUCAUCCACGAAGUGCAGAGGAAAGGCAACAUCAUCCCUUUGAAUGUCCCAAGACAGACAGUGAAGGACACAGUCUUAGCUGGCUUCCAGGUGCCCAAGGGCACUGUUAUGAUUGCAAAUAUUUCCUCUGUGAUGUUUGACAAGAAGGAGUGGGAAACCCCUCACAGUUUUAACCCCGGGCACUUCCUGAAGGACGGUCAGUUCUGGAAAAGGGAGGCUUUUAUGCCAUUUUCUAUAGGAGACUACAAAAAUGCUGGAGACUGCAGAAUGCAUUCAGCAAUGCAAGAGCAGUGCUCUGUGCUCCUGGUCCCACACAGCUGAGGUCAGUGGGCUGUGCCACCACCAUCACAUGGUGCCCUGCCCUGGCCAGCAGCUUCCUUGGGGAGAGUGCUUUUGGCAUCUCCACUUUCCUGCCCAAGCAUCACUUGCUUUCCCUGGUGAUUUGGCUCCAUGCCUUGGAGCCCAGCCAGGCACACAGGAACUGCACAUGAAGUGCU